AUGUCGCCCACUAUGUCAUGCGCUCGCGCGUUUCCCCGUUAUUGCCUCACAAAACUUCUCCGCGCGCACAUUAGCCCUUGCGCGAGUCACCCGCACGCGCAACACGCGCCGCUACCCUUGCCCUUCCACGCAGCAUGCCGCGCGCUUUACAGUUCUCCGCGCGCAGCAGCCGCGGGGGAUGCGGGUGACGCCCCGAGGGAGCAGGCGGAGUGUGUGUUGGUGGGCGCGGGCGUGGUGCGGCAGCGGGAAAAGGAAAGGGGCGGGGGAGCGGAGACUGGCAGUUACAUGCCAUUGCCGGGUGUGGUGGCGGAUUUUGAGGCGCAGGCGAGGGAGCAGGCGGAGUGUGUGGUGGUGGGCGGGGGGAUGGUGGGGCUUGGAGGGGAGAGAAGCGGGGGAACAGCCCCUGGCGAGGCCGUUGCAGGGCUGGCUAUGUCGCCACCCGUGGAUUUCGAAGCGCGGGAGAGGGAGCAGGCGGAGUGUGCGGUGGUGGGCGCGGGCGUGGUGGGGCUGGCGGUGGCGCGCGCGCUGGCAGUGGCGGGGCGGGAGGUGGUGGUGGUGGAGGCGGGGAGCGGAGUGGGGGGCGGUAUCAGCUCGCGCAACAGCGAAGUGAUUCAUGCGGGGCUAUAUUACCCACAUGGGUCGCUCAAGGCACGGCUGUGUGUGGAGGGGCGGCGGCAGCUGUAUGCUUUCUGUGAGGACAGGGGGGUGCCGCACCGCAGGGUCGGCAAGCUGGUGGUUGCCACGUCAGCAGACCAAGUGCCGCAACUGGAGAAUCUUAAGGCGAGUUCAACUGCUCUGCCUUCUCCCACCUCUCACCCUCAUCUCGCCGUCCCGCCAGACCCGCGCGUGGAGGAAACGGGGUGGAGGGGCUUCGGAUGGUGGGCGGGGAGGAGACUUACUCACGCGGAGGGCAACGGGGUGGAGGGGCUUCAAAUGGUGGGCAGGGAGGAGGCAAGCCGGAUGGAGCCACGAGUGGAGUGCCAGGCUGCGCUGCUGUCGCCGCACACUGGCAUCGUGAACUCACACGCACUGAUGCUCGCCCUUGAGCGCAGGCAGAGGCAGAAGCAGCAGGCUCCCAUCAAACCGCAACUGCCACCCCUCCGCCUCCCUCCUCUCUACCUCGCCCGCGGGCAUUACUUCGCCCAUUCUGGCCCACCGCCCUUCUCCCGCCUGGUUUAUCCGCUGCCGGAGCCGGGGGGCCUGGGCGUGCAUGCCACCGUGGACCUCGCCGGUCGAGUGCGGUUCGGCCCCGACGUGCAGUGGUUGCACGCGGUGCCACUCUCUGCUGCCCAUGGCAUGCCCAUCAGCUACGACUACUCAGUGGACCCUGCAAGGGCCGAAUCGUUCUACUCGGCGAUCCGCAAGUACUUCCCGACACUGCAGUCCGGCUCUCUGCAUGCCGACUAUGCGGGCAUUCGCCCCAAAAUCACCGCCCCGGGGGAAACUGCAGCCGAUUUCCUCAUUCAGACUCACGCUACACAUGGCAUGCCGGGCCUCAUCCACCUUCUCGGCAUAGAGUCUCCAGGACUCACCUCGUGUCUUGCCAUUGCCAAAUAUGUGAAGAGCCUGCUGUAG